CUCACAUUUGCCUUGUGAAGAUCUUGAAACACUGAAUACCUGCAGGCGGUGACUCUGCAAAGUGCAGCUUUCUACAGCUGCCAGGCAGUGGUGCUGCUCAUGCAGGGCUCACCACUGCCGUAGAUUUGCCACUAACGUUGUCAGAAUGGCACAAAACGGCGGUGUAUCUUCGCAAAAAUCUGGAAGAGGCGCAUUUUUGCUGUUCGAAGGAGUUGAUCGGUGCGGUAAAACCACACAGAGCCAAAGAUUGGUGGAAUACUUGAAAGGCAAGGGGGUUGCCGCAGAGCUCUGGAGGUUUCCUGACCGCUACACAGCCAUUGGGCGCAUGAUAGAUUCCUACUUGUCAGGGGAGACUGAAGCAGAUGACGCCGCCGUGCACCUGCUCUUCUCAGCCAACAGAUGGGAGAAGAGGGAGGCCAUGCUUGCUGCACUUCAUGCCGGGCACACACUGGUCGUGGAUCGGUACGCGUACUCAGGCGCAGCUUUCACAGCUGCCAAGAAGGUCCCUGGGCUUGAUCUGGAAUGGUGCAAGGCUCCAGACAAAGGGCUGCCUGCACCAGAUGCAGUCAUCUACCUGUCCAUGAGCCCAGAGGCAGCUGCUCUCAGAGGUGGCUAUGGCAAGGAACGGUAUGAGAAGGAAGAGAUGCAGAAGGAGGUGUCUAGGCAAUUUGCGCUGCUGGCGGAUGACACAUGGCACACAGUGGAUGCUGCCCAGUCAGUGAAGGCAGUCGAAUCUCAGGUGCAGGAAAUUGCGGAGGGUGCAGUUGCCAGCUGCUCAAAGGGGCCGCCACUGAGGCUGCUCUGGACGGAAGGGAGCACUGUAUGAUAAUGGCAUUUCUAGCGAGAGCUGGAAGUGAGCUGCUGUGUAAAGAGUGAGGGAACAUUGCAAACUCAUUGAUAACCUCUGCCGGUUGCAUCGUGCAACUGAUUUGCAGUAGAAAUUUGAAGAGGGAAUGGGAGAUAUAUUCAUGUGCACACGUGGCAGAAGCUAGUUUGUCAUGAAUAGACGGCAUUGGUGAGUCACACUGGAAUGAUGCCAUUGAUGCCAGAUGCUUCACCCAGGUGUAAUUUAUUUUAUGAAGAC